AUGGCAACGGAUUUAAAAGUAAACACUAAUGUCCUUGAAAACUUUGAUUCUUCGCGAGUCGAGGAAUGGCUCGAAUUGUGUAACUCUACCGACGAUUUUCAUUUGGUCAUCAACAAGGAAAUUUUACAGAAUAUGUUGGCUGCGUUUACAACGAAAAUCAACGAAGACACUAAAAAGUAUUACUGGGAAGAGAUGAAUAAAAGGAUCGACGCAUACGACAAACUUUACGCGGAGAUGGACAAGAAGAGACCAAAUGAGAAUUCCGUCCGCGAACAAACUCGGAUGGAGAAAGUCUUCAAUGAAAGAUUUCAGAAGGAUGCCGCUGAGCUUCAACAACAGAUCGAGGCCCUUGAAUACGAGUUAAAGAAAAAACCUAAAGAACUCGAGGAACACGUCUCUGCCGAAGAUGCCGAGUUUUACAUCAAUAAAUUACAACAAGACAUCGCUGUCUUACAAAACGAGAAACAAGAGUAUGAAGCAAACACAGACCCUUUAAUUCAGAAACACAAUAACCUCAUACCUGAGUAUAAUAGAGUCUUUGUCCAAUACAACAAACUCAGAGAAAGAGUUUACCAACUCCCCGAAUUCAAACAAGAAUAA